CUGCAGUCAUGGAGUGCAUACCAGACUGAAAGUGAAGAAGAAGCUUUAGCCAAGGCAAUGCAACUUUCGCUUAUGGAAGAUGAAAAAUCGUCAAGAAAAGCGGUGAGUACAACUGUUGAACAUGCAGCAUUACUUCCACAUUAUUUUAUAGGCCAAAGUUCAUUCUACCAUCUUUAAUGGUUGUUCCUGCAUUUUUUCAAAUGACACAAAGUUAGUUGUUAUUGGAAAGAUGUGUUGAAGUUAUUUACCUAAACGAAUGCCAAAUUUUCAAUGGCCAGCCUAGCUAAGGUUUUGGUCGCAAAACUUGAUGUCAAGGGAGUGUUGACAGAAUUGAUCACUAGAGCUAUCCUUAUCCACAGUCUUAUUUGAAACCACACCACUCCUCAUACAGAGGGGGCCAGAGUGCAGAUGGAUUAUAUCGGUAUCCUAGGUAUAUCACCGCCUUAAAUUUAUCUAUAUUUAAUCGAUCUUUGAGUUUUGAGUUAUCACUGGCUGUUGAGGUUUAGAGAGAUAAUUCUCAUGUGGCUGUGUUUGUGUUGAUAGGAGUUCCCGAUUCACAUCGGCGAAGAGACACCAGAUAGCAGACUAUCAUCGAGAGAAGCCCCAUCGUCAUCCUCUUCUUCUCAUCAAAGACAACCCCAGAGAGAGGAGGCACGCCUUUUAAAAAGUGCUCACGGAGGUAUGUAAUGUAUUAUAAUUAACAUUUAUCAUGAACACUCAAAUUUGCAACGUAAUGAAGACAACUUUAGUGUUUUUUUAUUUGGUCUUGAAUAAUGAUUAUUAAUUAUAUUGGUUGAAGCUUGACACCUUUUUAAAAAGCUUUCCAACUUUAAAAGGACUUUAUUAAGGCACGAAUAGGGAUUUUUAGGCUUCACACAACAAGAAAAUCUAGGUUCCCAUGGGGAAUCGAACCCCAGUAAAUUUAACAAGUCAACAGUGGUUUAGCGUGUUCUGUACUCUUAUCGAAAACGAUAUUAAUCAUCACACUGGUCAAAAUUUUGUGGACACACGAAGCGCAGCCACAAAUCGACGUCAAAUGAAACGAUUCUUUCAGUUCGUUACCAUUGCGUGACACGUUGACGCCAACAGCGUUCUCUGUACUCUUAUCGAUAACGGCAAAUUGGCCAAUCGAAUUCUUACAUUACUGCCAUUUGUGGAAAAACGACAUUUUACUGUGUUUCUUUUUCUGCUGUGAAUUUUGGAAAUAAUUACGCCAGCCACUCUCGUAGAGAAACAAAUAUGAACGAAAAUAAUGUUAUUUUUGUUAGUAGGUCACUCAGCUGGAGCACUCCCACUCUGUCUUCCUAAUAACUAUCAGUGGAACUCUAAAACUCGCCAAUGCGUUAAAACAGAGGAGAAGCGUUCUUCAUUGAACUUUGUUGAAGACAGCCUUCGGGAACUGAGGAAAAUUAAAAGUACGGGUCUGUUCUCUAUCUCAGAUAAGAAAUACCCCAAAAUUUAA